CUUGCUGGGCCAUGGCCAAAUCAUGGCUUGAUUUCCAGGUUGAUGUGGAAUUAACCCGUCUGCAACCAGGUGAAGGGGAUCACUUCAAGAAUUUUAUAGAAGCGAUUAAUAGAAGCCCAGAAUUUGUAGAUGGUGUUUCUCAGCCAACUGCUGGACCGGAUAGUUGGCCACUUCAAGUUGUGAAUCAGCAACCUAGGCACCUCUCUGCCCUUCUCCAGAAACUCAAUUCAAGUGAUACGGUGCAUGAAAUUGUUGCUCGAUCGUGCAAGGAGCAGCAGAGACAAAUUGAGCAGCUCAGCCCACAGCUUUGUCCACCAUAAAAUCUGGCAUUUCAGAUCUCUCCCUCACUUCGUCUUGUGUCACUCUCAGAUAAGCCUGGUUCCUUCCAUUUUCUUU